AUGGCUGAAAGUACCACUCCAAAUGUCAAUUGGGCAGAAAUCUCAGAUGAUGAAGAAAUUACUCAACCACAAGCUUAAGAAACAUAAGUUUAAGAAAAUUAGGCUCAAGAAGUCUAAUAAGAAUAACCAUAAGAAUAAAAUAAUGAACAAAAGAAAUAGUCAAAAAAACCAUAUCAAAAGCAUCAUAAGCCAGAAUGGGUUAGACUCAAGGAGUUGUAAAAGAAAUAGGCUGAACAAAUUUAAAAAGAGUAAUAAGCUGCAUUAGAGGCUCGAAGAAUCAAACCAAGUAAAAACAAUUUCCAAGGACUUUUGAAUGACAGUGACGAAGAGGAAUAAAAACCUGAAGAAUAAGUCGAAUCUGAAUAAUAGACUAAAGAAUAAGAAUAACCUAAGGAAGAGUAGGUCGAUUAAUACCAAAUUUUGAAACAAAAAUAAACUCAAGAAGAAAAAUAAUAAUAAUAGAAGAAGAAAGAUUAAAAGAAAAAAGAAAACGAGGAUUUAGAUGCUAUUUUGAAUGAAUUAGGGUUUACUCAAAAAGAAACUGAAUAAGCUGGAGAUUAGGAAAAAAAAAAGAAGAAAAAAAAUAAAAAUAAGGAUGCUGAUAAAUAACCAGCCUAAGCUGCUACAGAAAAAUAACCUGAAUAAUAAUAAUAAUAAUAAUAAUAGUAAUAAUAACAAUAAUAACAAUAACCUGAAAAAGUUGAUAUCAAAAAGGUUUUAGCAGAAAAAGCCAAAAAAUAAUAAGCUGGCACACAUCAAGUUGAUAAAGACUUAGAAAGAGUGAAAUAAGAAAUUGAAAGGAGAAACUAAAAGUCUAAGAAAAAUAAGAAAUAAGACUUAGAUCUUUGAUUAAGUAAAUUGAUAAAUAAAUACAUUAAAUAAUAGUAUAUAUAAUUUUAUAUUGAUAAUUAACGAA